GGAGUUUACGGACGCGUCAGGGGCUCCCCCCCACCCCAGUUAUCCCCCAGUUUACCUUCGGACGAGCCUGUAAUGGACUACUCCAGUUCUCCGAGCAACCUGGACGGAUUUUAGGAAACGUUUGCAUUUUUAGCUCCUUCCCCUCAGGUUUUCCACAUUCAAGUCAGCAGGAUGGCUGAAAAGGAGCCCGAAUCGCCUGGAAAACUAAAGACAUUAUUAUAGCCAGAAUUGGCUUUUUCGGAAUAGGGGGCCUAUCCGAACGGACUAUUUCUUUUCACAACUUUCCCCACUGUGGAUAAUGGAUGGCAGAGAUUUUGGACCUCCCCGAUCCGUCCACGUACCACCACCGUUGUUGGCGGGGCUCGCAAUGGAGUCUCACCGACUCGGAGCAGCAGCAGCAGCCGGGAGGAUCCCUCCCUCGCCCGGUCACUUGGGCGCGAGUCAUCCGCCGCCUCUCCACUCCGGGAAAUUCUUGCCAUCGGCCAUUAACCUACAUCCACAUCACAGCGAUGCCUUCUCGGCAGGCUCCAGUCCCUUCCUGUCAGGUUAUCAUGGCCCCUCCCCCUUGACCUCUGACCCUGCGUAUAGAUCGGCCAAUCCCAGCGGUCUGCAGAUGGCUCAGCUCUGGGCAACGCACGCUCAUGAAGGCUACCCUCCUCUGCCAAGCAGCAUGUACUCCAGCCCCUACCUGUCUCUGGGGCACCUGGAUCCUCCCUCGCUCCAGCAGCACCCUCUCUACGACUCGCAUAAAGAGGGCUUUUACCUGCCAGCAUCCUUGAGCCAGUUGCCUCUCCACCCUCCAUCUGCUCCGCCGUCCGCCCCGUCCAGCUCCACACCCCCUCAGCGGACGUCCCGGGAAGGGGGUAGGGACAGGCCUUACCGGGGGGAGAGGGAGCGGGAGCGGGAGCGUUCAAGAGAGGAGCAGAGGCCGCACUGCGUGGUGGACCUUACGCAGGACGGGAGGAGCGAGGAGGACCGCAGGGCUAGGAACGGUGACCGGGAACGUGAAAAAGAAAGGGACCGGGACACAGAGAGAGACAGAGAUGCUUGGCCCUUCCAUCAUCACCCCCACCAGCAGAAAUCGCACUCCCAGCCUUCAACAGUGGAGCCCAGAUCAAAGCCGUCACCUACACAGCACCCCUUCCCUUCAGGUGGGGGUGGGAGGUUUCACGGACCAGAAACAGACAGAGGGGGUCGGGAUGACCACAACCAUAACUCAAAUAACUCAAACUCUAACUCAGACCGACAAAGAAGGAAUGACUCUGUAGCCACGUCAGCUGGGACGCUCCACGUCUCCUACGCCCAUCCUCCUGCGCUUCACCCCUCCGCCGCUGGCCCACCUCACCCCUCUACACCCAGAGAGUCUAUGAGGGAGCAGCGAGUCAGCGCACCGACAUAUGUGCCUUCUGUGGAGGUUUACGACGAGAGGGUCGGGCCCAUCCAGAUCGCCUCGCAGGCCCGCGACAACAAACACGGUGACAAACACAGAGACAGAGAGCGGGACAGAGAGCGGGAGAGGGAGAGCUACAGGUUUCCUGAGAGGAGCCUUAUGGAGCAUCCUCGACUCUCCCAGUCUGGCGACUCAUGCAAUCAGAGAGAGGAAGGAUCGGUCAUUUGUUCCAAUGGUUCCUUUGGUAAACGAGGCCAGGACGCGUCUUACUCCUCCAGUCAAUCAAGGUUCAGCCCGGACACCAAGGACGUCUCUAAACACCCAAUCCGAUUGGGCAUAGAGCGGGCAGGGGCGGAGCCUAAGUGGAAUACCAUCAGCCCGUUAGCCAACUAUGCCACGAGUCACAUGGCUGCCCUCGCAGCCCAACACGGACACACACUCUCCUCUCCCCACAGCCAGCCCACACAAACACAAAUGUCCCAUUCCCCUCACACAACCCACCGGCCCUGCAACAACCCGCACUCCGCUCACAGCCAUUCCCCCCAAACAAACCCCUCCCAACACGGACACGGGCGUGCAGGCGAGGAGGGGAGUCAGAGACGCUACCUAGACCCAUCGGCGCUCUACCGACCUGGGGGGUCAUUGGUGGGAGAGCGAGCUGGGGGAGCGGGGUCGGACCCCACAGAGGUUUCAGCCAUGCAGAGUCUGAUUAAAUACAGCGGGAACUUUGCUGCUGAAGGUCCUGGAUCCUCCAGGCACGCCGCUGAUGGCCGAGGGCCCUUUGGGGGUCUUGCUAACGUUGGGAUGGAAGCGGAGAUGGAGAACGAACGAGAGCGGGACCGGGAGAGGGAAAGGGAAAAAGAUAGAGAGCGAGAAAGGGAGAGGAACAGAGACAGAGACAGGGACAGGGAAAGGGAAAGGGUAUCAGUUGGAUCAGGGGCUUUGAGAGUGCCUCCCCAGCUGAAGAGGGAGCAGGAGCGGCCGGACAGCGCACGCUCGUUUGGCCGAGAGGGGGAGGGGGAGGUGCGCCACCCUCCGGUCGGCAUUGCUGUGGCUGUGGCCCGGCAGAGAGACAGUGGGAGCUCCAGUAAACAGACCAGCGGACCCUCAGACUCACAGAGAGCCCUGCUGCAAACAGCUAUUAAAGAUGAGGAGCGAGGGGAGGAUCGGGGUCGUCAUCAUGACGACCGACUGCUGGCGGGUCGGCUGGAGCGCGAGCAGGAGAAAGUGCUCAGAGAGUCCAAAGAGCUGGCAGAGUUUACCCAGAUGCACUCUGCCCCGCUGUCUGGCGGCCUGACGCCCAGUAUGAUGACGCCCAGCCUCAUGACCUCAAACCUUAUGGUGACGGGAGGGGCGGCCUUGGCUGGGUCGGGACGAUGGCCUCCCGACCCCUCAACUCUGACCUCUCACCCCUGGAUGUCCCGACCUGGAGCCCCCCCAGUCUGGCUCUCCAGCUCCCCAUACAGCCUGGGUCCUUCCUCGCUCCACCAGACUCUCCCCCCAGGCUACCCACCCUCUCUACAAGGCUCCAUACCCCCUCCCUACCAGCUUGCCCGGGACCCACAGUCUGGACAGCUAAUAGUCAUCCCCACUGAACACCUGUCACACUACGGAGGUGACGUACUGGAGCGUGGAGCCACGGUGUGGCCGGGGGUCUACGGUACAGGCAGCUCUCUGCAGCAUGCAGCCCAGCUCCAGCUCCUCUCCCAGCAGCAGAUGCUCCGGCAACAGGAGCUGCUCAUGAUCCAGCAGCACACAGCGCAGGUCCUGGAGCUGCAGAGGAACGCACAGCUAGUUGAGCGUUUAAAGGCCAGCGAGCAUCGGCCGGAGAUGGAAGACAAAGCAGACAAGCGGCACUCCGAACCCAAACACCGCCACCCCUCGAUGUCUUCCCCUUCUCCCUCACCCAUCCUGCACCACCGCAAACCUCCCCCGCACUCUCGCUCGCCAACCCCGUCUACCUCCUCCCUCACCCCGCUACCUCCACUCCCCUCACCAGUGACCACACUCAAGUCAGAGGAAGGUGGGCAGAGAGUGUUGUCUCACCUGCCUCUGCCUCACCUGCCUUCCCCCCGCUCAGCCUCUCCGCCCCCAUCCUCGCCACGGCGGCCUAAGCUGGAGGAGGGGGAGGUGGGACGGAGGGAGCAGAGAGAGGGACAGAAGCCGGCGUCUGCGCUCUUUCAAGGCAUCUACUCUGAUCUCCCUCCAGGUUACCCUUACCAGUCCAUCACUGCCCCAUUCGGCUCUCCUUUCCCCCCUUAUCACAUCCCAGCACCCACAGGGGCGAACACAGAAGUUGUCCCACCCCACCGCUCUCGCUCUCUGGCCUCUGCUGCCCCUUUGCCCUCAGCCCACCUCCAUUCGAGGCUACUGGACGCAGACAUCAAGCCACAGAAACUAGAGUCGUCAAAGACUGGAUCUUUUCUCAAGCAGGAACCUGGCGUGGAGCAGCCUGCGCUUGACAUGACGCCAGAACCUCUUCGUCGGAGCCCUGUGCUAGCCAGAGAGGAAGACGGGGAAGCCCCGAAGCCCCGGCCUCAACCUCUGCUCGUCCCCUGCCCUCCACCGCUGCAGGGGGAAAGACUAGAAGAAGUCAGGGAGGAAGAGAAGGAAGCAGGGCAAAUUAAAAUGGAGGUGUCAUCUUACUCCUGUCAGGCAGCAUAUGCUCUGCCUCCGCUGCUCACAGAGGCUGAGCCUAAACCAGAGGUCAUCAAGGAGCAUGAACAAUACGCAUUGUGCGUCGCUGCAGAUGCAGACGAGGAGUCGACACAGAUGUGUGCGUCGCGAGAACAAAUCACCAGCGCAGCGUGUGAACAAGAACGGCCAGACUCUCCAAUCAACUUGCACGCUCCCAAUCAGAAAGAAAGUGUCGGUGAAACUUCCGUUUACCCUCCCUGCACCUCCACCUCGCCGCUCCCGCUGCUCAUCGGUCCUGAGGAUCCCAUGGCAGGGAUGUUCGCCCUGCUGGCAGCCAGUGAGAUAGCCCAGGCUCGCCCCAGCACCCCACCCGCCCCGACACUUGUACCGCAGAUAGAAAACUCCCUAAUGAGUGGCGACUGCAGCAGCGCCGGUGAUCUGGAGAUGGUGGCGCUGGAGGGGAUGGCCCUGCUUAGCCAAAUGGCCCAGCGAGAGAUGGAGCACAUCAGCCUGGAGCAAGAUCUGACAUUGGAAGGUCUGGACUUCCUUCUUGAAGCAAGCAGGCAGAUUUUGUUGGAGGCCAUCGAGAAACAGUCCCACAUUGAUCUGCCCAGAACGCUGGACCCCAACAAGAAGUACAGCUGGAGGCAGAGGAAGGAAGAGCCACUGUACAGUAAAAUGUCUGCGGACGUGUUGGACGCAGUGGAAGUGGAAUACCGUGUCCACCUGGCCGAGCUGCAGAAAACCUAUAAGGAGAAGCAGAGAGAUCUGAGCAAGCUGCAGAGACGCAGAGACAAGCGUGAGCGGCAGGAGGAUGAGAGGCGGAGUCUGACCAGACGGGGCAGAGGACGACCCAGGAAGAGGAAACACUUGUCUAUACCUCCCAAACUGGACAGCAGGCCUGGAAAGGUGGGUAAGACAGUGCAAUACUCUGAGGACUCUGAAGCUGGGGAGGGACAGAGGAAGAGGUUCCGGGUAUCGAGAGAAGAAGAAGAGACGGAGGCAGGAAGUGGAGGAGUGAAGAUGAAAAAGAAGAAAAAGAAGAAGAAGAGCUGGAAUGACCAGGAGCCAUCCACCAGUCAUGCUCUGGAGGUGUUUAAGGCAAAGCGUGGCCAAGUGUGUGAGCAGGAGCAGCUGGCGUCAGACCUCGACAGAGCGCUUUCGCUCUCGCAGCUCGGCUCACUCGCCGCAUCUCGCAAACUUAGCUCCAACUCCAAAUCAGAUAAGCCGAAGGGCAAGUCUGUCGAAAGUCGGAUGAAGGAGCGUGACAUCCACCCAUCCGCCAAAGCAGUGAAACACAAGAUGGCCGCAAAGGUUUCUGCUUCAGAGGGCGUCCGGAGGGUGAAAGGUCAGAAGAAGACUGCUUUGUUCUCUCCCAUAAGAUCAGAGCUCAGCAGCUGCUCCAACAACUCAGAUUCAGAGGAGCACAAUUCUGCUCGAGGGGGCUGGCCCCCUCUCUCAGGGAUGCGUUCCCACGGAAACUCGACCAGGAAGAGGCGGUCCGCAUCGUCGCCGACAUCCCUGCUGUCCAGCCAGAAGUCUCAGAAGAAGAAACACAAGCACUUAUCGCUGCUGCUGGAGGAAGCGGGCCUCAGCUCCUCUGACGACUCCUUCGACCAAGAAACCUCGGAGGACGAAGACGACUACGGCAACGAGGAUGUGUCCGAUUCAGACGACGAUGGCGGCUGCGAGGAGAGCGGGCUGGGUCUGCUGGCCAGGUUUGCGGCGAGCGCGCUCCCUGUCAGCUCCACGCCAUUGAGCCUUCUCCAUGACGGCAAACACCGCAACAGGCAAAGCACUAUAGGGUCGUCAGAGUGCGAGUGGUCAGACUCUGGCUCGGACCUUCGACUGAGGAAGUUCCCCUCUCUGCUGCACGGCAAACGCUCCGCCCCAGAGCUCCCCCUGUUGCCCCCGGCAACCCGCCGCAUCGACCAGAGCAGCCCCUCCAAGCGAGAUGACACGCUGCCUGUCAAACGCAAGCCUCUGCCCAAACCGCGGCCCAUGCCCCGGUCGCCGCGACAAUUCAGCUUCGACCUCCCCUCCGGCUCCGGGUUCGGAGGCUUCAGCGAGGACGAGGGCUGGACCAGGCGACGCAGCGAGAGGAUUUUCCUCCACGAUGCCACCACCUCGGCUAAUCAGAUGCCUGUGACGGCCUCUGCCUCCACCAGCCAGAGCUCUUCCUCCAGCUCGGCCCCACCCCUCACCCCAAAGCCCUCCUCCAGCUCUGCCCCACCUCUCACCCCGAAGCCCUCCUCCAGCUCUGCCCCACCCCUCACCCCAAAGCCCUCCUCCAGCUCUGCCCCACCCCUCACCCCGAAGCCCUCCUCCAGCUCUGCCCCACCUCUCACCCCGAAGCCCUCCUCCAGCUCCGCCCCACCUCUCACACCGAAGCCCUCCUCCAGCUCCGCCCCACCUCUCACCCCAAAGCCCUCCUCCAGACCCAAACCCUCUCCGCCCAGCAGAGAGGGCAAAGAUGUGAUGAAACAGAAAAAGAAGCUGAAGGACUCUCCUCUACCUGUGAGCCCGUCCACUCUGUGCAGUCCCAUCACAGACGACCCUGCGCCUCUGAGCCUCAGCCCGGCACGCAAGAUCCAACCAAAAGCCAAGAACAAAGCCAGAGAGUGUUCCAGGGGAGCGGUGAGCCGGUUGAUGGAGAGCAUGGCGGCGGACGAAGACUUCGAGCCCAACCAGGACAGCAGCUUCAGCGAAGACGAACUCGUCCCACCGCGCAGCAACAGCGUAUCGGAGCGGUCCUCCACACCUGCUCCAGUGCAGUGUGUGUUGGAUAAGGAUUCCCUGGUGGACGGACUCAGAGUUUUAAUCCCGAUAGACGACCAACUACUGUACGCAGGACACGUGAACACUGUACACUCCCCUGACAUAUACAGCGUGGUGGUGGAGGGGGAGAGAGGGAACCGACCACACAUCUACUGCUUGGAACAACUGCUGCAGGAGGCUAUCAUCGAUGUGAAGCCUCCAUCUGUGCGCUACCUCCCAGAGGGCACCCGCAUCGCCGCCUACUGGAGCCAGCAGUAUCGCUGCCUUUACCCAGGCACUGUUGUCAACGGAAGUUCAGAUAUUGACGAGAAUGAUGAUCUUAUCACGGUGGAGUUUGACGAUGGAGACACAGGACGCAUCCCUCUCUCCCACAUUAGACUGCUGCCGCCAGACUACAAGAUCCACUGCGCUGAGCCGUCCCCUGCGCUGAUGGUGGCCAGCUGCUCCCGGAGGCGAGUCCGCAAAUGCAGCAAAGAGGGCAAAGAAGCGGGAACAAAGCCAGAGGAGAGCACUCCUAAGAUCAAAGGGAAACCUGGUCGCAAACCCAAAUCUAAACCAGAGACCUCCAUGAACUCAGAUGGCCGAGAGAAAGCUGAUCCUCCAUCUUCCUCCGCCCAGCCCGCAGAGAGACCCCAGGCUCCAGCCAAGCCUUCCCAGGACAGACCCUCCUCUGUGCAGAAGGCCGCUCAGGAGAAGCCCAGGCCUGCUUCCCGGCCGACGAUGGGAAGCCAGGCAAAACCAGGCCGCAAGAGCUCCACCACGUCGCCCACAAGUAGCCCCACUCUUCCCAACCCGGUGUCCAGGAAGGCCAGCUCAGCCCAGCCUCCUGCUCCGAAACCGUCCCGCACUCUCCCUCCCUCCCUCUACCCCUCCACCUACGGAAAAGUCCUGACUGUGGAUCUGUACAGCGAGCCCAACCUCAGCUCGUACAACAACCAACGCAGAGAACGAGAAAGCAGCAGCAGUGUCAGUCCCACCACCAACCGGCCGAUGUCCAGACCCAACAUGACAUCUACUGCACCCAAGUCCAUUGCUUCGUCCGCGCCCAGGCCCACUUCAGCCUCCUCGCCGAAAACCAAACCCUCCUCGGACCAUCACAGCGGCAGACCCAGCCACAGCUCUGGACUCAUCCCCGGCUCCAUCUCCAGGCUGACAUCAAGCAAACCCGGCUCUUCACUGACUACUAGACCUUCUUUGUCAUCGUCAUCUGCCCCUCGACCCAAACUAAAGAUGGCGUCCGACCAGCUUUCCGCCAGACCCAGCACCAUCUCCAGGCCCAAGCCCAGCGCGGGGCAAAGCGACCUGGGCUCAGUGGUGAGGCGCAAGUCUCUGUCCGCAGAGCCCCUCGUUAAGCUCGACCAUGAAGGUGUCACCUCCCCCAAGACCAAGAAGACCAAGGCUCUGAUGUUGCUCGAAGGUCGGGGCGUCAGAGGAGAUCUCGCCCCCAUUGCCACACUCGCAGCCAAUCCCAAACUGCUCAAGGCUAAACCGAGAGCUCCGGAUAGAGAGUCUGACCUGCCAGAGAAAGACUCCACCUACAAAGCACCGAUGUUGGCUAAGGAGAAGGCAGAGAGUCGCGGAAGUGCUGGUAGAGGAAAGGAGAUGGACACGAGAGAGGAGAAAGGUAAAAAGGAGGAGAGGAAGGAGGUGGAGAAGAGAGAGGGGAGAAAGAUGAAGGAGGAAUCUCAGAGCAGCAGCAGCUCAGAGUCGGAGGAAGAAGCGGAGAAAGGGAAGAUGAAGAAAAAGAAGAAAUGCACCUCGAGUUGCUCGUCCUCCUCUUCAUCCUGCUCUGGUUCCUCGUCGUCUUCUUCAUCGUCGUCCUCUUCGUCGUCCUCUUCGUCCACCGAUGACUCUUCCUGCAGCUCGGAUGAAGAGAGGACCCGGACACCUCCGCCAGGCCCUGUCACCCCACCUCCAGCACAGGACAAGCCGAAAGAAGAGGAGAAGGAGGAGGUGAAGGAAGAGGUGGAGGUAAAAGUGGAGGAAGAGGAGUUGUCUCCUCUCUCCCAAUCUCCCUCUGCUUCAACCUCUCCAACUCCGUCCGCUCCUGCGCCCGCUAAACCUGCUAAACCAGCCACCGGGAAGGGCUCAGGACAAAGGGGUCGUCCUCCGAAACCGAAGCCCAGCGGAGGAGAAGGGAAGGUGGGGAGGCCAAAGCGGAGAGAGGGGGUCCACCUCCCCACGACCAAGGAGCUGGCUAAACGUCAGAGGCUCCCCAGUGUGGAGAACAGGCCCAAAAUCUCUGCUUUCCUUCCAGCCAGACAGCUCUGGAAGUGGUUUGGAAAACCCACUCAGAGACGCGGUAUGAAAGGCAAGGCCAAGAAGCUCUUCUAUAAGGCUAUCGUGCGGGGCCGAGAGAUGAUCCGCAUCGGUGACUGCGCUGUGUUCCUGUCCGCCGGUCGGCCCAACUUGCCCUUCAUCGGCCGCAUCCAGAGCAUGUGGGAGUCGUGGGGCAGCAACAUGGUGGUCAGGGUCAACUGGUUCUAUCACCCUGAGGAGACAAACCCCGGCAAGAAACUCACCGACAAGAAGAACUGGGACCAGAUGUGCGGUCAGUCUUUACCAGCAGCUCUGCACUCCUCUAUCCAGAGGAAAGACUUCAUGGAGCGCGCCCUCUACCAGUCGUCUCACAGUGACGAGAAUGACGUGCAGACGGUCAGCCACAAGUGCCUGGUGGUGAGCGUGGAGGAGUACGAGCAGAUGACCCACACGCGGCGCUACGCCGACAGCGAGGACCUCUACUACCUGGCCGGCACCUACGAACCCACCACCGGCAUGAUCUUCAACACGGAUGGAGUCCCAGUCAUCUGCUAAACAAACACAGAAACUCACAAAGAGUUGCUGAAACCAAAAUAAUGGCCUACUAGGAGUCAAACCUAAUCAAAGUCUAAUCACUGAUCUUCAUUCAUGAUGGAUCUUUCAAUGAACUCAACCGCCCCGACUCCACGAUCCACUUCAGACUGUCACGAGCAGCUUCUACUACAGAGACGGGAGACGCUAAAGACAGUAUUACGAGGAACGCGUCUCCGGAAACCUUUUGCACACACAGACUCCAUCAACACAUUCACUGGUUUGCUCGCUGUGUUCGUGGGAAAGCUUGAGAACACACACACGAGCACUUCAGUCUUUUAUGUGUAAAUAUACUCUGCAUAAACACACAUCCACAGUCACGCAGACACGUGUAAAUACUCACCUCCAUGUAACACACACACACACAGUUAUAUAGAGGAAAAGAAUCUGAGUGUUUUAUUUUCAUGUAAUAGAUUUAUGUCAGAGUACUUUUUUCUAAAGAGGUAAACAGUCGAGAAGCUUUAAUGAACUGUGAAUGAUGAUGCAGGAGAGAGGCCCGUGACGGACGCAGGCGGCGGUGAUGUGACGUUGUGAUUAUGAUGUUGCCGUGGUGAUGUUACAGUCAUGUUGCAGUCAUAUAAAUGUAUCUACAGAACAGCAGGAGCGACAGACAGAAGUUAGAGACUCCUUCCAUUGCUGUCCAACAGUAACCGAUAACAAAACAAACUUUAACCCCUUCAAUUCCCCUUGACAAUCCUAACUCGGGUAGAAAGACUGUCCGUGCGCUACUAAAACUUCUGACUCCCUCAGAAACUCAGGCUUAAAGAGAGAGGAAGGAGUCUUGUAAUAUUAAAAGCACUUCCCAUUUUCAUCUUUGAGUUCCUUACCUUAAAGGAAAGAUCCACCCUGAGAACACUUAAACACUGUGUAAUCAGCUGCUGUUGACGAAUCUAGUUUGUCGUUUGCCCAUUUUUGCACUAACGUUGAAGAACAAUACGUGAGACAAAUGGAGACGCAGCACAGCGACAAGAUUCGGUGUCUGGGGGAUGUUGAAAAGAUGGAAUCCUGGGAAACGUAGGACAAAAAUGGGCAGCCACGAAAAGUAAACACUCGAUCACAAAGUGACUCGCGCUGCACAAGACGAGCUGACGUGUUGACAGUGCAGGAGUCCCAGAGGGUGGAUUUAUCCUUUCUUUUUUAAAAGGUGUUUUUCAGGGUUGUAAACAUUGUAGUCAGUCCAAGCCACAUCAAGGUCAUGGCACUGAUGGUGAGGAUGCAGCUGCCAGCACUGAUUACAUCAUGAGCAUAAUUACAUUUUUAACAGUUACCGUUUGGCUUAAUUCAUUCGUUUUGGCUGCAGUGUUUUCAACCUCUAAAUGUCCUGUGGUAGGUUUUAUUUUUUAUUUUUGCUUCUGCUGUUUUAUGGGCGUCUAUCUUUAACCUGUUCGAUCACAUUUCGCGCCUCCAAGCAAUCACCUUUGACAUCAGUGCACUUUGAAUGAGCUCCGCUGCAGAGGAGACUCUGACUGGGAGUCUUGUAUGUCUUCCUCGAGUAUUUACCUAACCCCCUCCUCUCCCACCCGGCUCUCGUCUGUAUGCCGGUGAUGCCCUUCAGACACAGAUAAACAAACACACCUUCCCUUUUUUUUGUUUGCCUCUCUUAGCUGCUUAAGAUGUUUUUUUUUUUCACGUGCCUAGUUUAACCGUUUUUUAGGGUGAGACUGUUGAAUGUCGUGCUCAGGGUUGUGAGCGUUUGGGCGGCCUUUACUCUCCCGGGCCUUAUGAUGAUGAUUCGUCAAAUCUCGUUUAGGUCCCGCCCCCUACUCCCACCAUCAUCAAAGUAAUCAGAUUGGUAUUUUCCCCAGAAAUGCUUUUCUUCUUUGUGAUUUUAAAGUUCAAACAACCCUCCGUUCCUGAGCCCUUAACCCACUUCGUUACACUAUUGUGUAUAGAGUUUGUAUAUGAUCUAUAUGAGUAUCUAUAUACAGUAUAUAGUAUACUGUAUAUGUAGUAUAUAUCUGUGAUUAUCAUGUUGAUUUUCUCGUAUGUUUCUUACCACGUUGCCCUCUCUCUGCUUUGCUGCAGAGAUUGAAGAUUGUCUUGUUGAUAUUCAAUAGGUUUAAUAUUUUCUACUCUUUUGAGAUCUUUUGGUUAUGUCUGAUUUUAUUAUAGGCUAUAUCAUAUUUGUACACACUCUGAGAUGGCUGCGUGACGGAGGACGGCCCGAGAUGUUAAUGUUAAUGUGACAUAUAUUCCCGAUAGACGACAAAAGACGUCUGCCAGCGUAGCAGCGUUUCAGUACAGGAGAGGUAAAGGAAAAGUUUGAUAAUGUGCUGCUAGUAUUGAAAUUGGUUUAACCAGGUACAGAACGUGCGGUUUUCUGAGAUUACUCGAUCAAUUGAUGCCAGAAAAUCUUAUCUGCUAAAGCCCCCCGCUGCUCCUUCAGGCUGACACUCACAUUUCUGCAGACAAAAGUUCAACAGUUUUGAGUGACAGUCGGCUAAAAUGGAUCUCCGGCUUGUAUCUGCGUAAUGGGUACACAGGUCAUGCCGGUGUUUGCAGAGUGAACAAGUUAACGUGCCCGUUAUGAAUGUUUGUUUACCCCUGGAGCUGCUAAAGCACCUUUUUUUCCGUGCGUGUGUGAGGGAGGGAGGGAGACUGAUAAGACAUCACACUCCUAUCCUGCGGUAUUACCACACACACACAUGCACAUACUUACACACCUUUACAGCCCUUGAAGGUGUGAGUUAUUGCCUUCCAAUCUCUAUUUGGCCCCCUAUCUCCAUCCAAAGCCCAGCCUUAGGCCUUCAAACAGGGUCCCACACACACACACACACACACAUAUGAACACGUAUCGCCCACUUCGCCUUCAUUUUCAUUUGGUGUCAUAUGUUUUAGAAUCUUGACUUUGUAAAUGUUCUUUUCGUCACCGUUUACGUUUUUAAUUUGGCUUGUCUAUAAAAUGUUAGUUUUUGCUGUGAUUUAUAUUUUCAACUCUGUACAUAUCAUUUGUUUUUUCCCCCGCAUGUUUCUGUCUUUUCUUUCCCCCUUGCUUCCCUUCUCUGAACAAUCGUCCACGCCUCUUAAGCAAUACUGCUGACAGGCACUGGGAGCUAGCUGCUAGAGAGAGAGAGAGAGAGAGAGAGAGAGAGAGAGAGAGAGAGAGAGAGAGAGAGAGAGAGAGAGAGAGAGAGAGAGAGAGAGAGAGAGAGAGAGAGAGAGAGAGAGAGAGAGAGAG